AUGAAGAAGAAGAAGGUAAUAAUGGCUCCAGGUGUGGAUGUCAUUGUGUCCAUUGUGGAAGCACUGCCCACAGUAGGUCUUGCCUGCGUGUUGGCUCGCACUUCCAGAGAUGCCAUAUUGUUUACCACCGUCUUUUGGAUGCCAUUGUUUGCACUGCCGUGGAUCAAACAGAGAAAACCCUUGGCGGCGGCAGGUGUGAAUGCAGUGGGGUUACUGAUAGUGGUUUGGCAAAUACAAGAUCAACAAGUGUUGCGUCCCUUUGCCACUGCCAUUUCCUUGUUUGCCAUUAUCAAGGCAUAUGACUUUGCCAUUCACUUUCCCGAUAUGGAUGCUGCCAGACACUAUGCCGGGACUGUUUUCUUCCUUAACAUUACACAACGCAAACAUGUGCCAAGCAUUGCCGAUUGCUUUCCCAUGGAAACCAUGCUGGAUUUGGUUGUGACUGGUUUGGUAAUAGUGACGAGUGUCAUUGGGAUUUAUCUGUGUCAAGAAUGUCAGUCGCCGGAAUACCCCAUGGUGGGUCUACAGCUACCCAGCAAUUGGUUGGACUGGAGUAUUAUGCACAUUCGAUGCGGUCUGAUUGGCAUUGCCUUUGGUUACACACUCAAUUUGCUCAAGUUUGUCUAUCAACUCUGGUAUGCUCCCUUUAGAAUUGUGCACACAGAAGACGUCAUGAACCAUCCACUGUUGGCUACCAGCCUCAUGGAAUUUUGGAGCUACAGAUGGAAUCGACUUAUUCAUGGAUUCUUAAAGCGCAACAUAUACCUUCCUCUCUGCAAACAGCCAUAUUGUAAUGAGGCUACAGCCACAAUGAUGACCUUUGCAUUUGCUGGCGUUUUUCAUGUGCUGCUGUUGGAGGCAGGUACCAAAGGAUCUGUUGCCGCCGAUCUGGGUUGUAUGGCAUUCUUUCUUUGUCAAGCACCCUUGAUGUUUCUUGAGACAAAGCUCUUUACCAAACGCAAACAAUCUGCUUCUACUUCUACUCCUACAACUCCUGGGCUUCUUCUUGCCAAUCGUCUCUUUGUCUUUGUGUCCUUGUUGGCCACGGCACCUCUCCUGAUUGAACCAUGCUUGCGAUCACCUGAUGUGAAGGCAUAA